AUGGCUUCAAAGUCAUUUUUCGCUAUUUUCCUGUUUUUCUUGUUCCUGGGUUUUGCAGAUUGCCAGGACUCUCCGCCGGAUUUCCCAUGCCUGAACCCCUUUAUGCCCGGCUGCUUCGACCGACGUCAAAAAGUAGCGAAAACGGCUGAUGGGGAGGAUGGAUGGUUUAUUUGUGGCGCUGAACUGCACCGACACGAGUGCAAAAAAUGGGAGUCCUGUGCUCAGAAAGGACUCGUGGUUAAGUGUUCCCAGCCUCCAGAAGCGCCAACGGGGUGCAAGGGGGAUUGCCUUAAAAACGGAUGCGAUUGGGGUGAGCGUUGCGUGAUUUUCUCGGGCCAUAAAUGCCCGAGGCACUGCCCAUACGUUUGCGAAGCUACUUGCAGAAAAUCU